AUGGCUGUAAAAUGGGUGGCGAAGUUCUGUCUAGUGUUGGUUGUAGUACGUUUGAUAGUGCCGUGUGUAGAGGCAGGAGACUGGCAACACUGUCAGAAUGUAUCACCGCUGAGAUGUAGUGUUGGGGACAGCCGUAAUGGUGGAUCAAAGUACCGGUAUGACAUUGCCGGCUAUGAGUCCAGGUGGAACAGAGACCCAAAUUCUUAUGAUAGUUACCAAGGGCCUUUCAAGCACAACGGCAUGUACCCAUACCCAGCCUUCAUGUCCUGUUACGACUGUGCAGGUAACGGAAGCGUGUCAGGUAGCUCUGUCACUGGUGAAGUCCAGGGUGUCACUUUGAGUCCCUCUCAACAAGACAUCACUGUACUUGUCAUAGCCGAUAACAACGUUGGCACAAUGACUAAAGCUGACGCCACAGCUAUCUCAAAGAUGCCACGCGGUAGAGACUGUAGACUAUGGCUGGUAAACUGUAACAUAACGACCAUAGAGGCAGGCGCGUUUGCUAAGCUUCCACAGGUGGAGACCCUGGUCAUCUGGCGGAGCAACCUUCAGGCCCUGAGAAGCGGCACGUUUGAGGGGAUGAAGGGCCUCCAAAAGCUGCUGCUGUUGGGCAACAACAUAACCUGUCUGGAGGCAGGUGCCUUUGACGGCUUGCCGCUGCUGCGGUUCCUCUAUCUCGUGGACAACCAGAUCCUGACGAUGGCACCCGGCAUGCUGCGUGGACUACAGCUGGACUGGCUGGACGUAAGUGCGAAUUCUAUCUGGUACAUAGCGCCUGGGGUACUGCAGGGAACGCAGACCGUAUGGCGUGUUGAUAUCGCUGAGAAUAGGCUUCAGUCAGUCAGCGUAGACAUGUUUCCUGAGCUUGCAAAUAUGCGGAGCUUGCUCUUGCAGUACAAUGAAAUCUCUUGGAUUGCAGAUGGCUCGUUCCACUCAAACAAGCGACUGGAUUCUCUAAAUUUGGCGGGGAACAGGCUGACUUUUCUGUCAGGGCUUUGGUUUAAACCAACGAGAACAGUCAAUGUCGCUUUGAAAGGAAAUGCUAUAGCCGUUGCGUAUCUAGGGAGGGAAGACCUACUACUGAAAGUUUUAUUGCCGGACAAUCCCCUGCGCUGUACGUGUGCUAACAUUGGGCUGUAUGAACAUCUGUGGAGGCGCUUUACGUGCGGUAGGGGUCCUCAUCCCCGGUAUGCUAAGAUGUCCCUACCGACAGGGUGUCCCGCCGCGUCCCUGAUGGAAUGGCCUCCUGUACAGGUUAAUGUCAGCUCCCUACCCUGCCCGGCACCUUUUGUGGAGUUUGUAAACGUAGAGCAAAAUCACGAGUCCCAAGAAUAUGAAGCCGUUGGUAACGUGUACUGGGAGGACCUGCCCCAAGUGUCCUGGGCCUUUGCCAAUGGGUCAGAAUACUCGAUGAACAUAACAUACAACACAAACACGACGACACACGCCAGUCUGGCAAUAGGCAACCUAACUGUGAGGGUGGGGACCUACAUAAGGGCUGAUGGGUGGGUGAAAUGUAGAGAAGAAUGGAACCCAAGCGAAAAUCAGGGAUCUAGGAAACAAGAAAAAUGUUCCAACUACAUGGGGAAGUCAAGCUUCACUCUUUGGCUCAGCACCGCCAGUAGCUUCUCUUUCUGGAACCUCAGCUGUUCGGCGAUCUCAGAAGUCGGUUCUUAUACCGCAUACUUUGACGGGAGGGAGGGCAUGCACUUCUCACAACCUUUCACCACACCACAGCUACUGACACAACCCACAAACCACACACGACCAGCAACAGCCGACACACAGCCUCUGUCUACACCCCUGUCCUACAUAGUCUUGCUUCCGGGCAACCACAACCAAAAGUACGUUUCCGAGUCUACAUGGCUGAUUGUGUUCGCUUCUUUGGCGGCAGUUCUGAUGAUACUCACGAGGGUAGCAUGGGAGUAUACCACCGGGGUCAAAUGGGCAGCAGGGCUAGAGAACAAUUCAGCAGCAGAACAGGCACUUGCGCCCCGAGAAGGCGUGGCACGCUUGCCUUCUGGGCCGAGCGCGAUCGUCCCCUAUGCCGUAGUCUACGACAAUGCAGGUGCAAACAGUGGAGACCCAGAUGACCAGAUUGCCCCGUACGCCAUAACGUACGAUGUCGAAGACGAUGAGAUCACACCGUACGCUGAAGGUCACUUUCGCGAUCACGACAGUUUGUGCGAGUCAGACGCUUCUGACUCUUCGGAAGCUGUCCCGUACGGUGUGAGUAAGCUGUGCGACAAGUAUGUCAGUGGUGACCGUACAGAAACCCGAGAUAGCACGCCUGGUACCUAUAGAAGCGACAACGUUGCUAGUGGGGGCCCCGUUUCCAAAAUGUAUGGCAAAGAUGAACCAAAGGAAACUAUCCUAGAUGAUCCCGUGUCGGUUAGGGUCCUCACUGAUCAGGGAAGCCCGUCCCCUUUGCCAAACUCAGACCGUAGCGAAGCGACUUGCUCCACGGCCUCUUCGCUACCAGAGGCCGCCGCGGAUGGCGCUCACGCCGCUACCCCGAAAGAGACCGAAACACCCGGUUCCGAGGAGUCCGUUAUGGACGACUCAGGAAGCGAGCAGGGGGGUUCUGGUGUUAACGGGGAAGAAGGCAAAAAGUCUGUUUCAGACGAAACGGCCUCUAUGGCCGAAUGA